AUGUCGCCUCCUUCACCGUCGUAUCCGUUGCUGACUGGCCUCUCGUCCAUUCGCAAGGCCCCUAAGUGGUCCAUGAACGGCCGAGGCCCAUCCUCCCUGGUGAACUCUGAGUCCAACAAGAUCCCGGGCCCUGGGGCGUAUGCCAGCGAGAAAGCAUCAGGCGCGGAUGGCAGGUCAGAGGAGCCCAUUGAGGAGACCACGACCGCCUUGGUCAGAUACCUUACAUCACCACGGUUCGUCUUUGGUACCGCUUCUAGAGAUCAGCUCAGUCGUAAAAAGGCUGAAACUGUCAUACCCGGACCAGGGGCAUACACUCCUAGGAAUUCUGAAGGGUCGUCGGCCGCACAGUAUUGA